AUGUCAUCAAAAAAUUAUGGAUCAAGAACAUGUGGCAAGCCAUACGUUCAAAAGAUUAAGUUAAAUAAUAACAAGAGAACUAGAAGGAAACCUUCAAAGCUAUGUUCGGAUUGUGAAGAAACAAACGAUUAUAUUAAGUUACUUUCUAGUAAAGUAAGCAGAAUCGAAGAAAUUGUUGAUAAUUUUAAGAAUCUUCCAAAAAAUAAAACCGAAAACAAACUUUCCGUAUUCAAUGCGAAGUUCUCUUUAAAUAAUGUUCCUUGUGAAAUGGAAUAUGAUUUAUCAAAUUUUACGUUAGAAAACUUACAAAAGUUGGUAAUUUUUACAACUCAAAAUUGCAAACCAAAAAACUAA